AUGAGUUGGCUCGGCCUCCUCGUCCUGCUCACCGUGGCCGGGCUGGCACAGGGGACAUGGGACAACUGCGGAGGGAGCUGCGGUCUCCGAGCUGUGCCCUCUGUCUACCACCCCACAACUAAUUCCUACGGCUACGUGGCUUAUGACUUCGACAUGACACGCAUUGUGGGUGGCACAGGUGCCCUGCCAGGGGCUUGGCCCUGGAUCGUCAGCAUCCAGCACCCCUGGAUACCAGGCCUGAAGCAUCUGUGUGGAGGGUCCCUCAUCAGCACACAGUGGGUCCUCACAGCAGCUCACUGCUUCGACGAGGUCACGGAUAUCAGCAGGCUGUACGUGGUGAUUGGGGCCACGCAGUUGACUCAGCCAGGCCCUGGGGCACAAGUGCGCAGCGUCAAGCAGGUGCUGAUGCACCAGUACUACAAUCCUGUUGACAUGAGCUACGACAUUGCCCUGAUGGAAUUGGACCAUCCUGUCCAGUGCAGCCCCUACAUCCAGCUGGCCUGUGUGCCUGACAUCACACUGAAAGUGUCAGAGCUGCAGAACUGCUGGGUGGCUGGCUGGGGUGCCACUGCUGCAAGAGGUCGAAAAACAAGUGAUCACCUGCAGGAGGCCAAGGUCCAGCUCAUCGAUGUCCAGCUCUGCAACAGCAGUCGCUGGUACUCAGGGAAAAUCCACACCCACAACUUGUGUGCUGGAUACCCACAGGGCCUCAUCGACACCUGCCAGGGUGACAGCGGUGGUCCUCUCAUGUGCCAAGAGAAAAACAGUGACUACUGGUGGGUCAUCGGAAUAACCAGCUGGGGAAAAGGCUGUGCCAGAGCAAGGCGUCCUGGAAUCUACAUCUCCACUCAGUACUUCCAUGACUGGAUCAUAUUCUACAUGAACCUGAGCCCAGAUGGAAGUUCCUCUCCAACAUCACGGGCAUGUAGUCAUUUUUUGACCACUUCACACCCCUGGAGUUAUUUUAUUUUCACCUCACAACCUUCUCAGAAGCCAUGGCCAAGACCAACCCCCUCUCCAAAAUCAACUCCAGUACCAACAUUGUGCAAAGUUAACUCCUGCCCAUUUCCCAUCAAGAUUCUGGUGGAAUUAUUUACUCAAGUGAAGGAACUCCUCCAGCAGACCUUUGGUCAACACACAUUUUGA